CGACCCCAUCCCGAUCACCAUCCAUCGCAGGGAACCCACUUCCAAAAACUACAAUAAAAAAUGCAGAUUUUCCUCACAUUUCCCCACUCUCAUCUCCACCUUCCAUCAAUGCGAAUCCGAAAAGAUGCAUAAAAAAUCGAAAAGAAAACCAAAGACCGCCUCGCUUCUCUUCUCUUCUCAUAUAUCAGGAGUGAAGUUGAGAAGUUGAAGCGUCCACUAGCAGCAGCAGCAGCAGCAGCAGCAACAUCGUCUUUUAAGAUAGCACCAAACUCCCCGCAGGCUUUUUCUCGUCAAUUUAUGUCCCUCCCCCUCCUCCUCCUCCUCCUCUUCCCAACUUCGCCAUUGCCUCCUCUCCUCCACCACCUCUUCCACUGAACCAAACACCCAACAACUCUCCCUCCCUCCUUCUCUCUCUCUCUCUCUCUCGUCCUGUCAUUGAUGGAGUUCGACCUCGAGAACCCGUUGACCCUCUGCCCCGAAACCCUCGCCUCCCUCUUCCUCGUCGAGCCCGACCACAUGCCCAGGGAGAAGUACGUGAGGGGUCUCAUGGACGGAGGUUUCGACGUCGCCGUCCGCCGGGAGAUCGUCUCCUCCAUCUCCCGCUUGUCCUCCGGCCUGGACCCUCUCUCCUCGUACCUCGCCGUCAAUUAUCUCGAUCGGUUCUUGUCCUGCCAGGGUCUGCCGCACUUGAGUCCAUGGGUUCUGAGACUGCUCGCAGUGUGCUGUGUUUCUCUAGCGGCGAAAAUGCGGAACAAAGAAUUCUCUCUCGCUGAUUUUCAGGGUGAUGGAGGUUUCGUACACGACUCGCGGACCAUACAGAGGAUGGAAGUGCUCAUCUUGGGAGCCCUGAAAUGGCGAAUGCGAUCCGUCACUCCCUUCUCUUUCGUCGCUUUCUUCACGUCCCUCUUCAAGCUCAAGGACCCGCCUUUGAGGCAAGCCCUGAAUGCUCGAGCCACAGAGAUAAUCUUCAAGUCUCAGAACGACAUCGAGCUCAUGGACUUCAGGUCAUCGGUGAUUGCAGCGUCAGCUCUCCUCUCUGCCUCUGACGAGCUCUUCCCCUUGCAGUUUUCUUGCUUCAGAACAGCCAUUUUAAAUUGUUCAUAUGUAAAUAAGGACGAACUGUUAGAUUGCUACAGCGCGAUGCAAGACGUGGCGAUGGAGGGAUACGAAUCAGUCUACGAUAGUAUCUCAAGAUCGGACACGCCCAUUACCGUGCUCGACCAGAGUUUUUCCAACUCGGAGGACGGCGACGAGAAGGCCACCGGCGGCGGCGGCGGCGGCGGCGCCAUCUCGACCUCCACCAUCACGAGGACCACGCUCCUCAGAUCGGAGCGGCUUCUGAAGAGAAGAAAAGUCUCUUCUGAUCACUGCUGCUGCGACUCGUCUCACACCUUCCAGCUUUCUCAGUUCCAGCAGUGCUGAUGCCGGGGGGGCAUUGAUGGGGGGGAUGACAAGAACCGAUCCAAGGCCCCUUUAAAUUCGGCGGGUCUCUGUCGACAGAGCGCGACCCCUCCGAGUGGCUCAGAAACAAAAAUGGAGAAGAAGAAGAAGAAGAAGAAGAUGCAGAGGAGGCUGCUGUUUUGCACUUGGGCGAAGAAACCUCGCUGUAGGAGGGGAGGAAGAAUUCUUGUUCUUGCAAUUCCCUUGUCUUAUUCAGGGGACCAAGUGGAGACAAAUCAUGACUUUGGGUUGUAGGGUUGAGCUCGAGGGCCUAGUGUUCUUUGGUUUUGGUCUUUAGAAAAAGCGUGCUGUGUGUGUGUCUCUUUAGUUUCUGGCAGAGGAAUGAUAAUGGCGAAUAUAAUAAACCACAUGAGCGGGAACAAGAAAUGGGAAAAAUGAGAAAAGAAAAAAAGGAGUUUCGUAAUUUUUUGGGAAA